AUCGAAACGCACGGGGAGGGGAGGGCAUUCAAGCCGUGACUGUCGACCAGAGAGGAUCCGUGCGCUCCGCCGUUCGACUCGCGACUUGUCUUUUUCUCAUUCUCGUCAUCUCGACAACCUUGUGCCCAGUGUGCGAAGCGUGUGACCUGUGGAUAACACACCGCUCCGCCGCGCAGCAGCCAAGCCGUCAGUGAUCAGUGAAUAGUGCAGUGCAUUUGUUAGUUCUCGCUCCUACUCGACACCAUGAAGGCCACCACCGCAGUGUGUGAUACCGUGGGCUCAGUGAACGGCGUGUCCGCCGGCCGAGUGCACAAGCCCCGGCGCGAUGUGGAGAACGAGGAGGUGCAGAUGUACCUGUCCAAGCUCAAGGAGCUGGUGCCCUUCAUGCCCAAGAACAAGCGACUGAGCAAGCUGGAGGUGAUCCAGCACGUCAUCGACUACAUCUGCGACCUGCAGUACGCCCUGGAGGCGCACCCCAACGCGGAGGCGCUCAUCACCACCGCGCUGCCCACCGUGCAGGCCGUGCCCGCCCCCAACAGGGCCCACCACGCACAGCCCCGCCAGCCCCUCGGCGUCCUGGGCGUGCCCAACACCAUCGUGGCCCCGGGCAACACCUGCGCCGUCCAGGAGCAAGUCUCCAUCACGACACCAAGCCACCUAAGGGAGAAGGUGCCGUCAGCAGAUAGCCGGCAGGUGUCGUGCUAAGUCAUCACCAUUUUCGUCAUCACUGUUUCAUCAUCUCGUCACCACUGUCAUCGCCAUCGCCGCGUGCUUCAUCGCUACUCAUCAUCGUCAUUAUCACUCCCCUGGGGUCGCCAGUGAAUCCCUAGGAUCACGUCACUAAGAUUGCCAUUCGUCAUUUUGAGCAGGAUCUGCUUAAUGUUAAGGAAAAACAAAAUGACAUAUCCUGCAAUGUAUUUUCAGCGACUGAGUUUGUGUAAAUUUCAAGUGUAGCAGACCUGUAGAGAUUCACUAACUGUGUGCUAAAGCACCAUUUGAGCUAUUUCAUAUUUUAUUAAAUUAUAAUUUAUUUUGUUUUCCCUUUUAUAUUUUAUGAUUGAAUUUAUUUUGUAACUUUGGUAGUAUGCGUUUCUUUGAGUUCUUUUUGAGUUAAAAAUCACUCCCGGUUUAACUCAGAUUAAAAUAGAAGUUUAAAAAUAGCUACACUUGUGGGAUCACUGAGAUAACGCACUCUACAGUGAAUGGUACCUGUUAUUUUCUUAUAAAAAUCGUUAUUUUGUUUUUAUUAAUUGGACUGGUCUUGAGUGAGAGGAGACUAUACAGUGCAUCUUUUUUGGAGCAUCAAAACAUAAAACCUGACCCUUUUGGUAAAAAUUGUUUCAUUAUUCAUUGGUGAGAGGUCUAUUUCAAAAUUUGUUAACUUUUCUGUCAAAUAUUUUUGAUGCAUUUGUUGACUGAUGCCCCCUCAGGCCAGUUUGCCUAUUAAUAAAACGUUGUAUAUUUUGUUGUCUGUGAUGUUAGAAUUUUCUUUCUUUGUACAAAAUGUAUAAAGUAGAAUGAUGUUUAAGAAUUGACAUUAUAUGUUAGUCAUACUUGUGAAAGCAUACAUUCAUCUCAUCCUUGUUUGGUGCAUUAUUUCACCAACUGAUUUUGUUUUCGACUGAUGUCUGGAUAAGGUUAAUUAUUAUUAAACAAGUAUGAAUUUAA